AUGGACCAAGGGUGAAUUUGUUUCUUGAACGAAGAACUUAACCACGGAAAUGUUUUUAACAAAAUUUUACAAGAAUUUUGUAAAUUACAAUUCGAUUCCAACAGAUUCUAAAAUUGUAAAAAUCUUAGCAGUUUUUCUUUUUUUCUUUUUUAAUACUGUGAAUGAAUAAGCUAUCGACAAAAUUGAAGAAAAUUGGCUUUUUCUUGUUUAGAUUUUAGAUUAGGCUUGAGGGGUGAUUAAAAAUUCGUUUCAGAAAAUAUUUGAUCAUAUUUUAUUAUAUUAGUUCUGAUGUUCAAAACAUUUAUUAUUUCCGCCGCGAUAAUACCUGGAACCAAUGAUUUCCCCGUUCCUUGUUAUUCAAUGGACAUCAGGCGACCUGUUCGCUCGUUUUCAAUGGGAGGAAACGCUUUACAACGGAAGCGAUAUACUGCAAUUAAUUUUCCAGCGUUGUAUUUCUGUAAUUUUCACUCGAAACUUGGCGAGGAGAUUGACUAUUGCACGAAGAGAGAAACGGAGCAGCACGUCGUGGAACCUCCUAGCAGACGGUUCGCAGCGGCAACGGAAAUAGGAGCGUGUAAAAGGGAGCCGCCUAAACGCGACUUGCUGGAAUUUCGAUUUCUUCGUGAAUGGACGCCCUGUUCAAGGUUUUUCGUCGAGAAAAUCGCUGGCGAUCGUGGCUCAACUCUCCACAUGUACGGGCUCUUUGUGUCUCGGUGUCAAGUGCUCCGUGGAGAACUUAAUUUGAGGGAAAAGAAGGAAAUUAGAGGGAGAAGCGUGGAAAGAGAGUACCGGUUAAGCGACAUUGUGAAAAGUUGCAUUCAACGAUAA